AUGGCGGACGACAUGAGCGGCUCGGCUGGUUCGGCAAAGCGUGCGGCAAUGCUUCUGCUACUCGAAAGCGACAGCUCGGAGUCGGAAAGCUCAAGUUCCGACACGAGCGAUUGCUCGGAUAGUGACAACGACGCGGAAACUGCCGCUUACGAGCGGGAAUUCGACAGGAUGUUCCGAAUUCCCGCAAAGAGGCCUAAAGGAGUCGGCUUCAUCGAGGACGUCGUGCGGCAGUACUCGGACGAUGAGUUCCGAAGGCACUUCAGGCUAUCUCGACCUGUGGCGGAAAAGUUGAUCGCCGACUUUGCCGCGUCGUCAAUGUGCCCUUCGGGUACACAUGGAGGGGUUCCAGCGAAAUCUGCGGAAACGCAUAUCUUGUCUUUUAUCUGGUACGCGGCCAACAAAACCUGCAUGAGAAACGUGGCCAGCCGGUUCGACUUGUCGGAAAGCUCCGUUUACCGAAUCCUUCAUAGAGUAGCCGACUUCCUCCUGACUCUGGGACAGUCGUUGAUAAAAUUUCCGGCUGACCUGGAGAACCUCACCAAAAGUUUUGAGAAGGUGUCUGGAAUGCCUGAUGUUGUUGGCUGCAUCGAUGGGUCAUACAUCAAGAUACAGUGCCCGGAGAAGAAGGUUGCUUCGACAUAUUGCGACAGGCACCAUUACCUUUCGCUCAUACUACAGGCCGUCUGCGAUGACAAAAGGCGCUUCCUGGACACGUUCAUUGGAAGUUCAAGCAAAAUGCACGAUUCGCAUGUGUUCAGCUUGUCGCCACUUUCAAUGAAAAUCUCUGCAGUCUGUCAGGGGUCUUACCAUCUUUUAGGGGACGCAGCGUAUUCACUGCGGGAACACCUGUUGACACCCUACAGGGAUUACGGUGCUUUAACAACGCAGCAAAAGCACUUUAAUUAUAAGUUUUCAGCUACAAGAGUUUUCAUUGAAAAUGCAUUUAGCACCCUAAAAAAGCGCUUCAGACAGCUAAUGUAUCUUGAGCUCCGCACUAUUCCCUGGCUCAAUAAGUUUAUCAUAAGCUGCUGCGUUCUGCACAACUUGUGCAUCGAGUAUGGUGAUGUAGAGCCAGAUGAUGAUGAUAAUGAACAAGUACCCAGUGACGUUCAGUGGCAGAAUUGCAGUGAUAAUCAUAUUGAGAAAUCCGGUGAAGAGCGAGCACUGCGCAGGCUUGGAGAAAUUAAGCGCACGAAAGUCUUGGCAAAGCUCCUGCAAACUUCUUAA